AUGCUUUCUUUGGGCCACUGCGUGAGAAGGAUUACAAGUCCUGCCUUGAGGUCAACGACCAAUAUUGCCUCCAAACAAUGGCAGAAAAGGACUUAUGCUGGUUUCGCAGCUAACGACAAAGGACCCCAGUUCCGUCACUUUCUAGCAGUUGGAUUGGUAGGAACCAUGAUAUUCGGUCUGGUGGUGAAGAGAAUAGACGAACAGGAUUCUUCAAGCUCAUUGGCAAAGAGGAAAAACUCAUUUUCGGAAGAAGAGUGGGACGCCUAUUUGAAAACUCAGCAGAGGACCAAGAUGUUCGAGGAGGGUGACUUCUAUCUGGUUCCACAAGGGAAAAACCUUAAAGGCGUUCAGGAUGUGAUUGCCAAAGUCAGUGCAGAAGGUUCUGAGCCGGUAGUUGUUGACUUGAACAAACUCAUCAAGGCUCAGUUGGAAGACCCCAACUCGAAGUAUGGUACACUGUUGAGACAGUCAUUUGAGUCAGAGGAACCAGAAGCACCAGGAUGUGAGUACAAAUUCAACUACACUUUGGCGCAUGGAAUCUUCACUCAGUUGGUGAAACGUGAGCUCGAAACUAAAAAAGACUCGAAGGUCUUCGUGCUGCUAAAUUAUCCAAACAACAUUAAGGAAGCUAUCAAGUUCGAGACGGAUAUCGCUACAUGUACAAAGCUGUUAGUUCUUGAUGAUGACUCAAAAGAUGACGUUAUCGAUUACUUCCAAACCGUCGACAAGGUCAUCAAAGCUGAUCAGCUAUAG